AAAUAUAAUGUUGAUGGCAUGGCCUAUUCUAGAAGACACCCUAAGUAAGGCAUAUAAUAAGUCUUUCUCUGAAUACCCUAAGAUAGCUAACUUGGUGCCUGAAUUCCAAAUCCAUCUAAAUGAUUUGCUGGAGAACGACUUCAACACUAUUUUCAAAUUGCUACUUGCAUUCUAUGAGAUGAUUAAGGAGGAGAAAGAAGAAAAAUUAGGCCUAAUUGCUUCAUGGCAGGGUUCCCAAAGAGUUAGAGAACAAGGGGAACAUAUACAUCGCAAGGACAGGUCCGCCAUAAGAGUCUUGCUAACCCAACUGGUAGAGAUUGUUGUUGCUCUGGGAAUAACUUACAAAAUCACUUCUUCACUUCUUGACUUCAUAUCUAAGGGACUAAUUCAAGAAAAGGACGUGGAUUCCUUCAACUGCCUUUCUACACACCCUAAAAGGAUGAAAGUGCAAUUGGAUGCAGUGACAAGGAUGAUGAGUUUGACAAGUAUAGCUGUGUCGGGUUGGAGCCUCCUCUCCUCCUCAUCUUCUUUUUCCCCUCAGUUUCUUCUUUCUUUCUAUUCUUUGGUUUUAGCCAAGUAUCUUAAUCGGCUGAACCUUUCUUCUUUGUCUAUUGGUGGAAUCACAGCUGGAUGUACAACGACGGCUGUAUCUACAGCGCGAGCAGCUUCUUUUUCAGCUGUCAUUGAACAGCGG